AAAGGGCUCUGGCGCCUUCUUCCACUUUUUGGUCGAUAGUCGCACGAGGCGAUUGGCAGGUCGCGACGGUCUUUUGUAUGAUCGGUCAAGCAGAGACUUGGGAAGAUCAGAUGAAGGAGGGCGUAUGGAUUCCCGUCGUGCGGCGCGUGAAAGGGGUUGAAUGAAGAUGGAAUUUCAAUACCGUACACCCUACAAUGUUAGUUCGACGACGGACCACAAUCCUGUCCGUACGACUGCAGCUUUGGUUUACUCCGUCUCUGCUGUCGGGUCCCAAGGAGACAUGCAAUCAAUCAGAUAACAGGCACGAGCUUCACGAGGAUGAAGGCGCGCGAGUUAUUUGGAUUGAUGGAGGUCGUGUCCUUGUCUGGAAAAGUCGUGUCGGACGUGGAUCCCAAAAAAAGUUCCAGAGUUUGGGUUGCAGCGAGAAAGACUGAAGAGUUCAAAGUGCAUGUGCGAUGGCCACGCUUUUGGU